AUGGCUAUCACCAACAGGAACGGACAGUCUGCGUUCACAAUCCCAACCGUUGACCUGACAGCCUAUCUAAACAACCCAGAUUCUCCCGAGGCUGAGAAUAUUGUGGCACAAAUUCGUGCUGCUUGCACGACCAGCGGUUUCUUCCAGAUCACUGGACACGGCGUUCGAGAAUCACUCCAAGAGCGGGUUUUUGCUGCGGCGAAGGCGCUGUUUCGUCUACCAGAGGAUGAGAAGCGCGGUCUCAGUGGAAAACCAGGGCGUGGGUACGAGAUUAUUGGUACCCAGACAUUGGAGGAUGGCAAGAAGCCCGACCUGAAAGAGGUAUAUUGCGGCCCUAAGUCGACCUCAUCAAUUUCAACUUUCAAGCUAAUACCUCUUGAGGGAUACUUUGUUGGCCGCGAGAUCCCUGGCAACAAGCCCCCAUUCAGACCUUUUCAAGAAGCAAACAUCUGGCCCAAUCAAAUUCCAGAGCCGGAAUUUAAACAGCCCUUGCUAGAAUAUCACCAAGCUUUGUCGGACCUUUCGUUUCUGCUCAUGCAGAUCUUGGCCCGAGGUUUGAACAAUUUCGAUACAAGCGUGUUCGAAGAUUUCUGUCGAGAUCCAAUUGCUGCAAUCCGUCUUCUCCAUUACCCUCCACACCCCAAAUCCGACGAUGCAACUUUGGUGGGCGCUGGUGCGCAUACAGACUUCGGAGCCAUCACCCUAUUGCUCCAAGAUGGCCAUUCCGGUCUGCAGGUCUUAAACCAAUUCACCAAAGAAUGGAUCGACGUGCCACCUCAAGAACACGCAUAUGUGGUCAAUGUCGGAGACAUGCUAGAAGCCUGGACGAGCGGCACAUACAAAAGCAACAUACAUCGAGUCAUCAACACUUCUGGGACUGACAGAUACUCUAUACCUUUCUUCUUGGACGGCAACGCAGAUUGUAUCAUCCAGCCUCUUGAUGGUUCCCAGGGUAAAGUAUUUACAGUUGAAGAGCAUAUGCUGUCCAGAUACGCUGCCAGCUACAAGUAG